GUACGCAUACAUACACAGUACACAGUCACACCCCUUCUCACAAGAGUAGCUUUGUCACGCAAAGAAUGAGCUUUUCCAUUUCAGAAUCAGAAUAAAAAUUUCAACUUUCCUUCAUAGCCUUUGUGGAAAAGAAGAUCCAAAGGAAAAGUCGAUGCUAAAAUACACAGACUUUUUAAUUCUAAUGUUGCGUGAAACACUACUCAGUUUUCGCAACUCAUGAAGAGAGAAAAAUAGCCUCAAGUCGCGUUUAAAAAUGGCUAUAAGUUGCAGCGUUCAAGGGUUUCCAUUACAAUCUGCUUUUCGCACCGCAGCGUUUGCACCUGCGUUAAGCCUCCCACUUAAACUUCCACCGCAAUCACUUUCAAAACUAAGGACGGUCGUUCAAAUGUCUGCAACUGCAGGCUCUAGGAUAUCAUACGAGUCCCUGGCCAUAAAGCCUCCUGAGCACCCAACUUAUGAUUUGAAGGGCAUUAUCAAGUUAGCGCUUGCAGAAGAUGCUGGGGAUCGAGGUGAUGUAACAUGCAAGGCCACCAUUCCGUCUGACAUGGCAGUGGAAGCUUAUUUUUUGGCAAAGGAGGAUGGCAUCAUUGCUGGAAUUGCGCUUGCAGAGAUGAUAUUUCGUGAGAUUGAUCCUUCUUUGAAGGUGGAGUGGUGUAGAAAUGAUGGAGAUUUUGUCCAUAAAGGCCUACAGUUUGGAAAAGUUCACGGACGGGCACAUAACAUUGUUGUAGCUGAAAGAGUAGUACUAAACUUUAUGCAGAGGAUGAGUGGUAUUGCAACUUUAACUAAGGCAAUGGCAAAUGCAGCAUACCCUGCAUAUAUGUUGGAGACUAGAAAAACUGCUCCAGCUUUACGUUUAGUGGAUAAGUGGGCGGUAUUAAUUGGUGGAGGUCGGAACCAUAGGAUGGGUUUGUUUGAUAUGGUGAUGAUAAAAGAUAAUCACAUAUCAGCAGCUGGAGGUGUUACAGGUGCCCUUAAAGCUGUUGACCUUUAUCUGGAGCAAAAUAGUCUUCAAAUGGAGGUUGAGGUUGAGACCAGGACUCUUGAGGAAGUGGAAGAAGUGUUACAUUAUUCAUCCCAAACAAAGACUUCUUUGACUCGAAUUAUGUUAGACAAUAUGGUUGUACCUCUACCUAAUGGGGACGUGGACAUAUCCAUGCUUAAAGAAGCUGUGCAGUUGAUCAAUGGGAGAUAUGAGACUGAGGCAUCAGGCAAUGUCACACUAGAUACUGUACAUAAAAUCGGGCAAAGUGGAGUGACCUACAUUUCUAGUGGUUCAUUGACUCAUUCAGUGAAAGCACUAGACAUCUCUCUCAAAAUAGACACCGAAUUAGCACUCAAAGUUGGAAAGCGCACUGGACGAGCUUGAUUAGUCUCUUCUUACGAUGUUAUCAUCUAUCAAUACAUGUAUGCUUUCUUUGAGCUGGUUCUCAUUCUGUUGCAUGUAUUUUUUGUAUCAGUUUUUCUUUUCUAUUUUGUGAAUUUUCAAGUAACGAAUUGCUUCUCAAAUAAAACAAUGUAUCAGUGGUUCCUGUCCUGAAAACAUUUGUGUUAAUUGAAGAUAGCUUAGAUUACACCAUAAAAA